ACACCGCCCAGUGGGAACGAACAUGAUAAUCCAUCGAUUCUGGGCUGUCCGCGAAGCAAGGGAGAAAAAACAGCUGAAAAGUUUGGGAGCGAGAGGGUAACAAACCGUGCCAGGUGCUUUAAAAGACAAGAUUGAAGCUUUUUGGGCUCUUUGCCCCAAAUUUGGAUUACGAUAUGGACGCUUUGAAAUCGGCUGGAAGGGCAAUUAUUCGGAGCCCCAGUCUUGCAAAACAGUCAUGGGGUGUGGGCAGGCAUAAAAAGCUGCCGGAGAACUGGACGGACACGCGGGAGACCCUGCUGGAGGGCAUGGUGUUCCAGCUCAAGUACCUGGGCGUCACGCUGGUGGAGCAGCCCAAGGGGGAGGAGCUGUCCGCCGCCGCCGUCAAGAGGAUCGUCGCCACGGCCAAAGCCAGCGGUAAGAAGCUCCAGAAGGUGACGUUAAAGGUCUCCCCGCGAGGCAUCAUCCUCUACGACUACGCCUCCGGCCAGCUGAUAGAGAACAUCUCCAUAUACAGGAUAUCUUACUGCACAGCCGACAAGAUGCACGACAAAGUCUUUGCCUACAUCGUCCAGAGCCAGCAGAACGAGACCCUGGAGUGUCAUGCCUUCCUCUGUACCAAGAGGAAAGUGGCCCAGGCGGUGACUCUAACCGUGGCACAAGCCUUCAGAGUGGCGUUUGAAUUCUGGCAGGCUGCCAAAGAAGAGAAGGAGAAGCGGGUCAAGUCUGGCUCGGAUGGGGAGGGAGCCAGCAGUUCCCAGUCUGAGAGCUCUGCAAGCCUGGCCAGUCUGAAAGGAGGAGAGGUGGCCACAGGGAACCUUCUGGACCUGGCGGAGGGGGCCAACAUGGCACUGGUUCACUCAGGGAGCGAGGCGGACUCGUUCACGGUGCACAAUCACGCCACAGAGAACAACAACAUUGUCUGGGAGCUCGAGGACGGCCUGGAUGAAGCGUUCUCAAGACUCGCUGAGUCUCGCAAUAACCCCCAGGUCCUGGACAUUGGGGUAAACCCUCAGGACUUGAACACUGAAGAGUGCCUGUCCCCUAGCAACUGGGACAAAACAGAUGGAGACAAUGCUGAGAAAGACGACAUGUUCGGCUUCUAAAAGGAGAAACGAACGCAGCCACGGAGAGGAAGUAGAAGAAGAAGAAAGGGAGAGUGCAGGAAACUAGAGAGAUGCGGAUGAAAGGAAAAGAGGGGAUGAGGGAGACUGGUAGCAUCAAUGGUGUUUUGGACUUCAGACCUCGUAGUGGUGCCACCUGGUGGCUGAGGAAGUUAUGGUGUCUAACUGACCAAGGGAGGCCAGAACCUGAUGGCCCCAAGAACUCAGACCAAAGCAAUAUCAACUCCAUGUGUCAUUUGUUUUCUUCCUAAACCAUAGCAUCAUCAUUUUGUUACAGUACACCACAAAUUAAAUGUCAUUUUUGGUUGCCCACUGUAUGUUAUGCUAUGUACUGUUUGUAUUUUAGUACACCAAAUGAUGUAUUUGUAUGUAUAUAAACAAUAGGGAGGUGUGGAGGAAAGGUUUAUCACUAAGGCACCAUUUCACAUGGAUACAUCAACAUGGAUUUAAAUGUCAAGACAUCCCUGGUCAGUGUGUGAUGUAUAACUUCCAGAAGGGUUUUGUUGUGAUGUUUCCAUUAGUAUCUGUGGAUGGAGGUGUGACUUACUCAAAGGGACAGUGUCACUGGUGAUUGAUGUGAAGCCAGUGAGUAAAGCCAAAAAUGAGCAGGGAACAAAUGUGGUUCCUGUCAUCUGCUCUGCUCUGGGCUCGGUGGUCUGCCUCUUGGGCAUAAAGGCUUUAAGAAAAUGUACUCGCAGUGUGCAGUAUUGUAUGACUAUUAAUUGAGUGUGUGGACGUGAGUGUGUUUAUGUGUAUAAAAAAAGACAAUCAUAUUUUUUUCUAUUGCAAGAUCUAUUUUUGCACUCUUCAUUCCUAUCCAAAGCACAUAAUUUCAUGUUUGGGGGGGGGGGGGGGGGACGAGACAACGACAUUAAUUUACCAUCAAGCUCACUACUGUAUGUAGGCCUACCAUUGUUUUGUUUGAUAAUGUUGCUUACAAAUAUUUGACUAGUUAACAUCGUGGGGGUGGGGGAAAGGACAUGUGGGUUGAUGUUUUUGAUAAGAUCACAGUGUUACUUUUUACAAUUUUGUUACAGUUUGAAAUUAAUUUAAAUACUUUCAUUGAAUAUGUAGCACCCAUAUACGGUAGAUUUCAAUAAAAGAUAUAUUAUAAGUGCGUCCCGUGAACAAAAAAAAAACA